GAUUGUUAUCAGGAAGCAUCAGUGUCGUUUUUCCUGCGCCGCUCCCUUUGGUCCUGGGUGUGGACGGGACCGAGGAUGGACAUAAAAAGAGACGGAAACAAACCGAGGGACGGAGCAGAGACGACGGCAGACGGGUCAGAGGAGCCUCCGCCGUCAUCAUCCUUCCCCGCAGCUGAAGAGGGAGAACGAGGAGCAGCAGAGGUUAGCUUCACACAGAAAAAUAAAUCAUUUCAUUUCCUCUGGAACAAAGAAGCUCUGCCAGCUGUUUUCCACGAUGCUCCGCCUCCUGCUUUACCUGUGUACCUUCAUGGCACUGACAGGUGCUGCUGCAGCCGACCUCUGCACUGUGACCGGCCGCGCCGUCAUCGACUUUCAAGGCCGAUUCACUGCUGUGACGGAUCGGUGCGUUUACUCCAUGCUCUCUGAUUCAUCAACGGGCUUCGAAGUGUUUGCCACCUUCAGGGAGCGCCGUCGCAGAGACGUCAGCUUUUUGGACAGCGUCACCCUGAAGCUGCAGGAUCCAGAUGUUCAGUUUCACCUGCAGCACGGAGGGAGAGUCCAGAUGAACGACACCCAGCUGAACCUCAGCAGCUCAGGACAGACGCUGCACGGCGUUUGGAUUUCCAAAGACUCAACCGGAGUCAUGGCAAACUUUACGAUCUCCAAUCACACAAUUUAUUUGUUCUUUGACGGCUCCACAGCACAGAUCCACACGGGAACUCCAGUUUGGUCGUCUGUUGAUGGUCUGUGUGUAAACAGCAGCAGUAUCUCAGCCCAGAGGUUGGAUCAGUACAGCUCCUCCAGCUGUCAGAUUCAGUACAACGACUCUCUUGACACUUCAGUCAACUGCAGCGCGAUAAAGGACCACUGCAACACCCUGAAGGAAUCUCCCUUCUCCUCCUGUAACGGUGACGUCGACCCGACUCCCUACAUCAACGCCUGCAGCGACACUCUGUGCAAAUAUCCCUCAGUGGACGGGCUGAGGUGUCACUUCCUGUGGGCCUACGCCAGAGCCUGCAGCCUGAACAGCAGAGCCUCAGUGGGAGACUGGCGGUCCGCUGCUGGCUGCUCCUCGGCUGAAGGUUUCUGUCAGGACAAAGUCUGCAGUGAUCAUGAGUUCUGUGGAGAGAAAAUCAGUGGGGGAACCGGCUGCCUCUGCAGAGCCGCGUUUGCCUACGACUACAAACAGUCAAACACUCUGAGCGAUCCAACUGUCUGCAGCCAGAACUCUGGUUCCAUCACCCUGAUUGGAUGUCUGCUGGAGGAAAAAGGCGUCGACUUCUCUACGUUACACCUGAACGACCGGAGCUGCAGGGGCGCGAUGGAUGAGGAGAAGCACAUGGUGACCUUCAGCUUCGACAGCAGCAGCACCUGCGGGACGGAGAUCACGAAUAAUGGAAGCCAAAUAACCUACAGGAACACCAUCAAGUACCAGAACAGCUCUGACGUCAUCAGUCGCCAGGACCAGUUCUACAUCGACUUCUCCUGCCAGCACACUCAGCCCGAAACAAAGAUUGUUGCCUUCAACAUCAAGGACAGCUCUGUGGUCGUCAUAGUGAAGUCUGGACAGUGGAACUACACCGUGGCCAUGAAGGCCUACAGCGACGGCGGCCUCACACACGCUCUGGACUCAACGACCGCCGUGGUUCUCAACCAGAAGAUCUGGGUGGAGCUGACGACCGCUGGACUGGACGCAGCCGUGAUCGCCGUGGAAACGGAUUCAUGCUGGGCAACCAGCCGAGACUCUCCCAGCAGCCAGCCGAGAUACGACCUGAUCAAGAACGGCUGUGCCGCCCCCGGCGACCAGACGGUGCAGGUGGAGGGAAACGGAGAAGGAACCUCCAACCGCUUCUCCUUCAACAUGUUCCAGUUCACUGGGAGCUCUGGGGACGUUUAUCUGCACUGCAAGCUGCAGCUGUGCGUCAAACGGGGGAACAGCUGCGUCCCGGACUGCAGCGGCGGCUCUAAGAGACGACGCCGAUCCGCCGGGUAUGGAGAUCCGGCCGUCAUCAGCCUGGCCUGGACUCAGUAGAUGGUUUCCAUAGCGACUCGGAUGGAUUACCGGCUGCAGAUCAUCUUAAUCUGGAUCCUGAAAAUGGAGGAGCUGAAAUGUUUUGUCUUUGUUUCUUCACAGUUUGAAGGACAAACGUUUUAGUUACAGACGUGUAGGAGAACAAAACCAGGUUUAAACUGUGUUCAGCAUGUUUUCACUUUAUUGAGUUUGGGGGAAAUUAUGUGGGUUGCAUCUACUUUAAUAAAACCUAUUCUAUAUCAGAAGGGCUAUAAUUUAAUCAAAUAUCCUGAAGUUUAUAAUCUAAAUGAAAAAUUUCCAGGGGAAAAUGUUAAUUUGUGUGAUUUGCAGCAUGUAGAGUCUGAGAGUCGAUACGUGGCGUGUUUAAUUUUCUUAAUUUGAGAUUUCAAUGAUGUUUUUCUUUCCCAUAAAAGGGGAACUUAGUGAUGACAGUCAACAUUACGAUAAGCUUUGUGUAAAAGAAGA